CCAGAAGGGCUUCGAGCAUCAGUGCUUUUUGUUUAUUAGAUCUUCACAAAGACAUUUAUUGCAGCCAUGGACUUUAGCGGACUGUCAGACAUGGAGAGGUCUCGUAUGAAUGCCUUCAUUGAGCAAAAGCAGAUGAAGGACUUUCUCCGCCUGUAUGCCAACUUGGUAGACCGUUGUUUUGCAGAUUGUGUAAAUGAUUUUACAUCCAAAGCUUUGAGCUCAAAGGAGGAUACCUGCGUAAACCGAUGCGUUGAUAAGUUCAUAAAACAUUCGGAGCGUGUCGGGUUGAGAUUUGGGGAGCAGAAUGCACUGCUGCAACAGCAGCAGCAACAGCAAAUGAUGGGAUCGCAAUAAUGACCGUUGUGUAGCAUGAGAAAUCGGGGCCGUGCUUGCUCGCUGUAUAAUACUGCAUCGUGGUGGUUUGCAUGGCGUCCGGACCAUUUCCAGUCGAAUUCGAGCAUGAGAGCUCUUUCUGUCGGUCUGGACAGGCCUCAGCUAGCUAGAUGAACGACGAGUGGUUAGUAAGAGGAGGAGCACAUUACGAGUAGGAGCAUAUUAUCUUAUAUACAGUUGAUAUACAUUAGCGGCGAGGGGGCCGUCAGUAGUCUUAAUUUACAAUUAUGUGCAUCAGCUGGCGCCGUCCGAUGCCAAAUCUUCCAUAACUAGGCGCUCGGCCAAACGAACAAGGUGUUUUGAUGGA